AAACAAAGGAGUGAAGAUGGAAUAUGCAAAGGUACUAGAGAUUUUCUCAGCCAUUGAUCUUUCUUGCAACAAAUUUGAGGGAGAGAUUCUAGAUGUGGUAGGGAUCUUAAAGGGACUUGAACUACUUAACCUUUCCAAUAACAUCCUUGUUGGUCCAAUCCCACCAACCUUGGGAAAUCUCAAAAAUCUUGAAGCUCUAGACCUUUCUCAAAACAAGCUCACAGGAAGCAUUCCCACGCAGCUAACGCAGCUCAAUUUCCUUGAAGUCUUCAAUAUUUCACACAACCAUUUGAUAGGACCUAUUCCGAAAGGACAACAAUUUGAUACAUUUGAUAACAGCUCAUUUGAUGGGAAGUCAGGGCUGUGUGGGUGGCCACUAUUAAGGAAAUGUGACUACUCAAAGGCCUUGCCUCCACCAUCUUCAACCUCUAAAGGAAAUGAAGACUCUGGAUUGCUAGCUGAAUUUGGUUGGAAAACAGUGGUGCUGGGUUAUGGAUGUGGAUUCCUUGUUGGUGUGGUGAUUGGAAACAUUGUUUUUGCAAGAACACAUGAGUGGUUGAUGAGGACUUACCGAAUUAGGCUGUCAAGGGGGAGAAGGAUGAGGAAGAUCCAAUGAAGAUGAAUGUUUAUCUGUUGGUAGUAGCCUUUCAUUCUGUAUUUCUUUCUCCUACAUUUCUCUAUUUUUUCUUCUUCUUGUUUUGUGUGUGCGGAUUAUAAUUCAAGAAGAUGGAGUGCGAAACCAAUGUAUUGUGUGGAUUGUUGUACUUUAAAGCUGCAUCAAUAAAUUGGACUUCAACUU